AUGCCUGUUGCAACCCAGGCGUCUCUGAAAGGCAUUACCCCAGAGCAACUCGAAGAGACUGGCUGUAUGCUAUGCCUAAACAACACCUACCAUCUCGGUUUGAAACCCGGACAGGAAGUCUUGGAUGCUAUAGGUGGAGCACACAAACUUCAAGGAUGGAACCGUAACAUUUUGACUGACAGCGGCGGGUUUCAAAUGGUCAGUCUGCUCAAGCUUGCAACUAUCACUGAGAAGGGUGUCGAGUUCUUGAGUCCUCAUGAUGGCACGCCUAUGCUGCUAACUCCGGAACACUCUAUGUCAUUACAAAACAGUAUCGGGAGUGAUAUCAUGAUGCAACUUGACGACGUCCUAGUUACAACUUCACCUGAUAAAGCUCGGAUGCGCGAGGCUAUGGAGCGCAGUGUACGAUGGCUGGAUCGAUGCAUAGCAGCUCAUAAGAAGCCUGAGACACAAAAUCUCUUCUGCAUUAUCCAGGGUGGCCUAGAUCUCGAGAUGCGUCGAGAGUGCUGUCGUGAAAUGCUGGCUCGUGAUACACCUGGUAUCGCAAUUGGCGGACUGAGUGGAGGUGAAGCAAAAGCAGACUAUUGCAGAGUUGUUGCGACCUGCACAGAAAUGCUUCCUGACUUGAAGCCACGAUACGUUAUGGGUAUCGGCUACCCUGAAGAUUUGGUUGUGAGUGUUGCGCUGGGUGCCGACAUGUUCGACUGUGUGUGGCCAACACGAACUGCUCGAUUUGGAAACGCAGUCACCAAGCAUGGUGUCCUGAACAUGCGCAACAAGAAGUACGCUACUGAUUUCGGACCUGUCGAAGAAGGCUGCAAGUGCAUGGUCUGUAAGCCAGCUGCUGAAGGGGGAAUGGGCGUCACCCGGGCAUUUGUUCAUCACAACGCUUCCAAGGAGACGGUGGCAGCGCACUUGCUGACGAUCCACAAUGUCUUCUACCAACUAGAUCUCAUGCGCCAAAUACGAGAAGCGAUCCUUGAGGACCGCUUUCCUGCAUUUGUGCGGCAGUUCUUUGCCUGGCUAUAUGCCGACAAGGCAGAAUAUCCAGAAUGGGCAGUUGGGGCAUUGAAGGGUGUUGGUAUAGAUCUACAGUCGGAAUAG